GGUGUAGAGGAUUUUGUGAAGAGUGUGAGUGUGUGUGUGGGGAGGCGAGGGAGUCACCUGUGAGCCCGUGUUGUUGUCUCCACAGUGACAGGAAGUGACUCACACGGGAUUUUAACUCUCAGAAGAGUAUAGUGCUAACUUCAAAUAAUUGGGCACGAGAUGUUUAGCAACACAUACAGUAAUGUGACUGAAGAACUCGGUCGGUUACACCUGGGAAAUACAUCUACGCAGCAAUAUUCACCUGGAGGUGGUAAAAAGGUUGCACCACUUGUUCCUCCCAAACCAAAAAAAAACCAUGGACAGCUCGUAUCCCAAAUUCCAUUACAUGAAGAUGAGAGUAGUGGGCAGGCAAUGUACGGGAACGUGGGCGUGGUCCAUUCUGUGUGUCACGGGGGCGUUGAGGACUAUUAUGCAGUGAACGCCCCUGCCCCGGGCACUGUGGGCGUAGCGUCAGCCCGCAUCAACCAUGCCUAUACAAGUGGUGGGGGUCGGGACAUACCGGCUUCCUUACCAGGGCAGGAGUUCAGCGGCAUCGUGAUCCCUGGCGCCGUAUACACGAGCAGCACUGGCCAAGUGCCCACGGGCGGCAUGGGCGGCAGCAUCAACUACAUCCCGCCCCCGCCCCAGCCCGCCCACAGUUACACUCCCACCUCCCGCGUGGCGGUGCCCAUGAGCGCACAGCCCCUCUACUCCAACACGGCCUCCCAGCCUAUCUACAACAACUCCCCGCGGCCACAGCAGCAACACGCCUACAGCGAGGACCAGUCGCCGCCUCCGCCCCUUCCCUCUCAACCUCCGCCCACACAGGCCCAAGCCACCCCUACAUACGCCAACAUGAGUACCAACGGCGCUGCCUACCCACCUACUCACACCCUCUACGCCAAUGUGGAUCCUGCCUCCGGGUUGGCGCAGUAUGCCACCUUCGGCCCCGACGAGGACUUCCCUCUCCCGCCCCCUGACGAGGCCCCGCCGCCCCCGUCGCCGCCCUCGCCUGUGUCUUCCUCCUACUCUGAGCUACGGCGGGCUACACCCUCCUCGCACACCCCUACACACCACAACGGCGGCUCACCCCAUACGCCUGCCCAGCAGCAACAGCAGCAGCAGCUCCAACAGCAGCAGCAACAGCAUGGUGCCAGCUAUGGCACCUACGCUCCGGGGUCCCAUACCAGCUCUACCUACGAAUCUAUUUACGAACCCAUUACUCCUCGACCCUCAAGUCAAAUGUCGAACAAAUCAGGUUACAGUCUUUAUGGGCCUUACACAUCGCCAAGAGCCAGAGGUUUGGCUCCGGCUCCCACAAAUCAACCAUUGCUCAAUCCUGAUAAAGCUGGCAAGGAAGCCGAAGUGGAUGCACUUACUAACCUCUUAGUGCAAUCCAUGGAUAGUACCAAUGACCCAGAGUUCUUUGGUGCGUAUGACUCGUGUAUCUGCACCCGAUGUGGGGAAAAAGUAGUGGGCGAAGGGACUGGGUGCACUGCAAUGGAACAGGUGUACCACAUAAAGUGUUUUGUUUGCAUUGUAUGUCAUCUCCAGUUGCAAGGAAAGCCUUUCUAUGCACUUGAUUCAAAGCCUUACUGUGAAGAUUGCUACUUGAACACUUUGGAAAAGUGUUGUGUGUGCACCAAGCCCAUCCUGGAUCGAAUUCUGCGUGCAACAGGAAAGCCCUACCAUCCACAGUGCUUUACCUGUGUUGUGUGUAACAAGUCUCUUGAUGGCAUUCCAUUCACAGUUGAUGCUUCCAAUCAGAUUCACUGUAUAGAUGAUUUCCAUAAAAAGUUUGCCCCUCGAUGCACUGUGUGUACAGAACCCAUCAUGCCUGAACCAGGGAAAGAUGAGACUGUCAGAGUGGUGGCACUUGAUCGCUCAUUCCAUGUCAACUGCUACAAGUGUGAGGAUUGUGGAUUAGUGUUAUCAUCAGAGGCCGAGGGGCGAGGCUGCUACCCUCUGGAUGGACACGUUCUAUGCAAGAGUUGCAAUGCUCGAAGAGUGCAGGCUAUUACUUCAAAAGUCACCACAGAUCUGUAGAUCUUAAGACAUUUAUUUCACUGUACUGGCCAUCAAUUAUUGCAAUACUCAUACUUUGUCAUAGGUUCUUAGGAUCCCAUGCAUGCCGUAAUUAUUACUUGCAUUGUACUUACUGCAUACUCUCACACUUUUAAUGCUUACAGCUAUACACAUUUUGUAUGAUUGGCAGCACUUAACUAAGUAUUGGUGUGAUUGAAUAAAGAACUAAAUUAAAUGGCAGUAAGUUCAUUGAAAGUAUGUUGUGAUUUGUGAGCAUAUCCAUGAUAGAACUUAUACUUUCAGUUUUAAUACUUAUCCACUUUGUACUCUAUAUACAUAUAUAUUAUUGGAUGAUAUAAUAUAUUUAAAUAUAAUACAAAUAUAUGCAAUUUCAAUUAUAUUCUGCAAUUUAUUAUUCACAAGUUUUUGAUUUGCCAAAAAUUACAUAACCAUAGUUAAUAGUGAGUAUUCCUGAAUUUUAGAUGUGUAACGGACUACAGAAAUUUGCAUCAAUACUAUAGUAUUUGGUAAUGAAUGUAUUUAAUAUAGUGAACUACAGGUAUUUGCAAAAAAAAAUUUUGUCACAUGAUUUAGAGGCAGAAUAGAUACAAUACCUUUUUUGGGUAAAAACUAUUUUCAGAUAUCCUACAUAAUCAUUCCUUCUUAUUCAGCUUUUAUAUAUACAGGCAUGAACACACAUACAAGAUAGUUCCUCAAUAUAAUUUAGACAGUUUUGUGAUUCAAAAUCACUUUUUUUUUUCUUUUUUUUUUUUAGAAUAAUUAUGCUUGGCUGCUUUUUAAGAAUGUUUUGAUAUUGAAACAUUUGUUUAGAACAUUUGAAAUUCUGCUGCCAUUAAUAUCAAAUUUAUUAUAUUUAAAUUGUCAGAAUUUUUAAAUGCGAGAUUGAAAUGGAUAUGCAUUGAAGUCACAGGCUUCCUCUUUUCAUAUGUACAUUAUCAAAUAUGAUAAGCUAAUAGGGAAAGGGGCUGCCAUAAUAUGCAUUAGUGCUAUUUGUGGAUGAAUUCUAAUUGCUAUAGGGUUUCUAAAUAUUUACUGAAUGUAAUUCAUGCUUUAGCUAAUAUAUGACUGUGAGGUGAAAAUUCUCCUUUAGCAAGCCUUAAUUUUGAGUACUGCAAAAAAUUCAUCAGACAAAAUACUGUCCAGGACUAAAAAUAAGCAAAGUGAAAAGUGAAUAAAACUUUAGUGAAAAACUAAUGGUGAAUAACUAAUUAGGAAAUCUUUAGGCUAUGUCCAAUUGGAGUUAAUCUGAAGCUCUUAUUGGUAUUUGAUUGCUUUUCAGAAUUAAGCAGGGUUUCCAGGUUUUGAUGAUUAUUCUUAUUUUUGUAGCAUGUUUAAUUAAACAUACAGUAUUAGUGCUAGAAAAGUAUAUGUAAAUUACAGGUGCAAUAAUGGGAAAGAAAAGUACCCUUGUAACAUUCAUUUGGCUGCUUCAGAAGCACAUAAUCAUCAUUGUUUACAAAUGGUACAUUAAGUUACAUGUCCAUUUCAUAGAAGAUGAAAAUUACUAACAUUUCUGCUGGUACUAUCAAAUAGCGCAAGAGCUUUAUAUGAUGUAUAUUUAAAUUUGAAUACCUUAACAUGUAGUCAAUUACUUUAAAUAAAUUUCUCUCAAAUUUCAGAACUUUCAUGUUUGAAUAUUGCAGUACUGUUUUUUUAAUUAAAUACAUUAGUCAUAUUGCAAAACAGAUUUCAUCCACAUAUACAAGGUAUUUCAGAUAAGUAAAGGAAGCAGGUGCAGUUAGUUGGUAGCAAAUGAGUUCACUUGAUGCCAUGUAAGGGAACGAAACAUUUCUGGAAGAGUAAAUUAUAUUUAACAUGUGCCAGAUUAGUGAUCUAUUAUAAACCUUGAAUGGUCCAAGAUCACAUUUAUGUAAAUAAUAAAUUUUAGGAAUUUUUGAUGUCACGUGUAACUAGCAUAGUGUUGUGUAUCUGCUGUAAACAGCACCAUCAACACAAUAAUAUUGGACAUAGAUGGCCAGAUCUUUAACCCACCUCGUACACUAUAAAUUAAUAAAUGAAAGUAAUUAAAUAAAUAAAUAAAUAAAUAAAUACUGAAGUUUGAAGCAUUGUGUUGAAGGGAUAAUAUUGUGGCCAACUGGGUCCUAGGUGUCCUGUCUUUGAACUCUUAAAGAAAAAUUACUUUGUUCACAAUGUUAGGGUAUUAGGAACAUGUAAUUAAAAAUUUAAUGAUUCAGCUUGUAAAGUAUGUAAUGAGAUUUCAGUGUAUUAACAUGUAAGGCUGAUGCUUAAUGCAUGUUCAUCUGUACUGUAAUUAUUAUAACUUUAAAAUUACAAA